AGUGUUAAAUGGAGUGUGAUGAUUUUUCUUCUCUCUUCCCUCUAUUACAUUUAUUAAUGGCUUAAGAGAGAGAGAGAGAGAGAAGAGAGAGAGAAACGUGAAAAAAGAAGAAGAAUAGAAGAGUUUGUAUCAAAGAUUGGUUCUUUAAGAAAACACCCUUUGGGUUUUGAGAGAAGAUGAUGGGGUGUUUGACUUUGGAGCUGAAGAGGGGUUGUUUUGCUUUUUGAGGUAACAGUUUGGUUUUCUGUCUGAUGGUGGGCAUUUGGCAGGUCUACAAGUUUGAAUGGUUUUGCUGAUGAACUGUUGUUUGUUAGAGGUUAAAAAGUUUUGAUCUUUGGUUUAGUUGACAGAGAUAUUGGGAUUUUUCCUGCUUUAGUUAUUGUGUUGAAAAAGUUGAUUGAUCAUUUAUGGUUUAUCUGCAUAUGGGUAUGAAGGUUGGUGUUUGAUUUCUUGAUUUACUACCACCCUUUGAUGGACUUGAAGAAAUUGUCAAUAGAAAACUUGGCAAAUUUGAAGAGAGUUCUUGAAUUUGAACCUUUUUCUGUGCUGAAGGAGGAGGAAAAGAACAGAUUUUUUAUUGGUUAUCAGGUGUUCUAAGCUGAUUGAAGAAAUGGAUGAUGAAGUUAAUUCUUGGAUUAGGAGAACAAAGUUUUCUCAUACAGUUUGUCAUAGGUUGGAUUCUGCAAGAUUGACCUCUAUUCCUAUUAGUACUAUUCAGUCAGGAAGAAUUGCUGGUGCAAAAACUAGACCUGGAACAGGUUCUUUUAAUUCAAGACCUGAGCCAACUGUUGUGCCACUUCAGCGCAACCCAACUACAAACAAGCAGAGGACUGUGUCACCUCAUCCAGAAACAUCAGUCCCGGAUACCUUUAAGGAAGCUCGAUCUAGUCAGAAGAGAUUCUCGACUCCACGUCCACAAAGGAAGGAACAUGAGAAGAAAAUUGUGAGUAAGUCGUUUUACAAAGAUCCCCGGGGAUCGAAAUCACCUAUGUUAAGAUCUCCUGGUUCAAGAUCCCCAGCAAAUACAAGCCCCCUUCGGAAUUUCACAUCAUUCAAGUUCCAUGACAAAUCAAAGAGUCGGAAGGAUUCAGCAUGGAGUAGGUACUUUGAUCAUGGUGUUGGUAGGGUUAGUUCUGUGGAAACAGCAGAUGAAUAUACAAUUGAUCUUUCUAAGCUCUUUCUUGGGCUAAGAUUUGCACACGGUGCACACAGUCAGCUUUACCAUGGGAAAUACAAGGAUGAAGCUGUUGCAGUGAAAAUUAUAAGAGUACCAGAUGAUGACGAAAUUGGAGCUUUAGGAACUCGAUUGGAGAACCAGUUUAUUAGAGAAGUUACUCUCUUGCCUCGUCUCCACCAUCCAAAUGUUAUAAAGUUCGUAGGUGCAUGCAAACAACCACCAGUUUUUUGUGUUGUUACCGAGUAUAUAUCGGAGGGUUCUUUGAGAGCACACCUGCAUAAGCUUGAACAUAAGUCCCUAACCCUGGACAAAUUGAUUGCACUUGCCAUGGAUAUUGCUCGUGGAAUGGAAUACAUUCACUCGCAAGGCAUAAUUCAUCGGGACCUCAAACCAGAGAAUAUACUUAUCGAUGAGGAUUUUCACCUGAAAAUCGCUGACUUUGGAAUUGCUUGUGAGGAGGCAUACUGUGAUCUCCUGGCUGAUGAUCCAGGCACUUACCGUUGGAUGGCACCAGAGAUGAUUAAGAGAAAAUCAUAUGGAAGAAAGGUUGAUGUAUAUGGCUUUGGACUCAUUCUAUGGGAAAUGGUGUCUGGAACCAUUCCUUAUGAAGAUAUGACACCAGUACAGGCUGCUUUUGCUGUUGUAAACAAGAAUAUGAGACCACCUAUCCAUGGGGACUGCCCUCCAGCCAUGAGAGGUUUAAUUGAACUGUGUUGGGCUUUGCAACCAGAAAAGAGACCUGAGUUUUGGCAGAUUGUGAAGGUACUGGAGCAGUUUGAAUCAUCAGUCGCUCAUGAUGGAACUCUGAAUCUUGUUCAGAAGACGAUGUGUCUAGAUCACAAGAAAGGGCUUCAUCAUUGGAUCCAAAAGCUUGGUCAUGUACAUCAAAAUACUUCAUUACAUCAAAAUGUUUCCUCAAUGCCCAUGCCGAAACCUAAGUUCGCUUGAGUUUUCUGGAUGAUCUGACUUUUGUAGUUUUACCAGGUCUCUGUGUAAUUAAACUUCUUUUGGUUUAAUACUGUUGUAUAUCUCUAUUCCAUCAUCAAGAGAAUGUGAAUUAUUAGACUGUAGGUGUGCAUUGAGGUGGUCUCUGUAAUUUUACCUAUUUGGUACACAAAGUAUGAUCAUUAGUUCUUGAAUGCAAGUGCCAUUUGCAAGGCUUGGUAA